AUCGCCUUCGGGCCGCUUGUUGUUCUGCUGCACCUCGAACGGGACAACAAUAAUAGCCGUCUAUUGUCCUUCUCCAUACAGCACGGGGUAUAUCAUAUAUCAUCGCCUUCCGGUCCCUCUGCUCCUUUCCCCCUUAUUUCCCCUUUGAAACAUUAAAUAAUAUUAAAUACUGUCUACUACGUACUAACCUCCGUGGCCCACUUGUUCGCCAGGCUACUGUCGACAUUAUUGACCGCUACUACGCCGACGCGCGACCGUUAAUUUUAUCAGUCUUUAUCCGUGCGUUGUCCGGAACACAGGGACGUUGGACCGUCUCCUGCACUGUUGUCCUCUGUCUUCUUUUCUAGAAGUCCCCGACGUCUCUCUGCAGCUGCAUUGUUGCAAAUCCCUGCAGAUCAAGUCCUCUAUCCACCAGCAUUCAUCCUCUGCUGCUUUUGAUCUUUCUUCGAGGAUGUCGGCACACCCUCGCAAGCCAGGGACUCCGGUCAAUUCGGCCAAGUCACCGAACCACGAAACCCAUAUGGUGAAUGGCUCCAAUCACCGGAUUCAUACUCGUUCUCCCAGUGCCGCGUCAAACGGUGUAACACGUUCUCCAUCCCUGCGUUCCUCCACUCCAGUCUCUGCCCGUGCCUCUGUCAGGAAACCGCGGUCCAACCUCAGCACAUCCAGCAUCCCCAAAGUGAACAACAACGAUAGUACGUCCGAGGAUGAGGCGCGAGCACAGCAUGUAGCUCUCAUCGCGGAUUUGAAGGAACAGUUGCAAAAGGCGGAGACUGCCUCGGAGCAGUACCUCAAGCAGCUGGGUGUUCUUCAGAUGCGACUCGACGAGGCCAUCAGCGAACAAGGAAAGCUGGAGGAUCAGUCCCAUGAAAAAGACAGCAAGAUCGAACAGUUAAAUGCCGAAAUACGAGAGCAUGUUCGCCAGAUUCGUGAUCUGGAACAGACUCACGAAAAGGAACGGAAUGCCAUGCUGCAAGAGAAGGAGCAGCAGGCCAGUCGAGAGGAGGAGAUGCAGGCGACGAUCCUGCGUCUAAAGGAUUCUCUUGCUCAGAAGGACAUGCGCAUCAAUGCGGAAACUGAACGUAACGUAUCCCGUUCCUCGAGCUUCCGUAACCGAGCCUCACCAGAUGUGGAAGGAUUUGCUCCCUCCUCGCAGAUUGAGCGGAGUCCGUCUCGGAAUAACUCUACGCUGCUCUUGCAGAAGGACAAGUUAAUCGAAUCUCUCCGGCUUGAGCUGGCUGAGUCCCAAAUCAAGCUCGUGGAGAUGGAAAACAAUGGUGGGGGCAGACAAAGGGAAUUGGAGAAAGAGCUUCUGGAAGCUCGCAUGGCAAAUGCCCGCUUGAUGGAAGAUAAUGAAAGCUAUCAGCUGCUCCUAAGUGAGAGAACCUUAAAUGGCGACUUCACUAAGGGCAAUUUCAUGCGUGAAGUCCAGCCUGAGUCGAAGGAGACAAGCAGCGGCGUCGCUUCGUUGGCUGAUGAGCUCGAGUCAGUGGAUGAGAAAGCGGAGACGGACAAUACGCGCAAAUUUGAGGCGGAGAUCAGAAACCUUAAGGAUCAAAACAAGGCUCUGACGCUCUAUAUCGAGCGCAUAAUCAGCCGUCUUCUUCAGCAUGACGGCUUCGAAACUAUCCUGGACCGGAAUGAGAAUGAUCCCCCGGCACCCAAACCGAAAGCCGAGGCUACCAACAAAGAUCUUCCACCCACGCCUGCAGAGAAAGACGACACGUCUGGUCCAACCUUCCUGCAGAGAGCUAAAUCUGUGGUGUCUGGCACUAAUAACCGCCCACGACCCAACUCGCGUCCUACUAGCUUCAUACAACCGGCACGGCCCAUCAAUGCAGCGCAUGAGGAUCCGACUACCGCUCCCAGCAUUCCUAUUAACCGUGUGGGGUCUGUACGUGGCCAUCGCAGGACCAGGUCGGAGCAGAUACCCGACUCCUCAGCCGCGGCAGUCAUUGGCCAGAUGUACCAUCCCCGUAAUGCAGGUGGCCAUAUCAGCCCAACUAUGAUGGUCUCAGGGUCCCGGCAAACCGUCUUUUCCGGGUCAAGCUACAUGUCUGGAAAUAGCGCGGGUGGCCGCGCAGCGUCUCUCCACAGUCAGCAAGAGCGAAGUCGUUUAAGCAGCUCUGACAGUCUUUCCAGUGACCUUCAUGGUGACACGGCUUCCACGGCAAAUUCAAGCCCUCCUCGCACAAGCAACGGAAUGACAAAUUACACCGGUGCGGUAAUGACACAGACCAAACUACGCCCCCUGCGUCUGGUCCAGGAGGCCACCGAGGAAGAGGAUGCUGCUCGGAAGAAGGCCAACCGAACAAGCUGGAUGUCUUGGUUCAGCCGGCCGAAUGCGUCCGAUGACGGGUCGAAGGAGAACAGGCAACCUUGAAUCUGGUUGGCUUAAUUCUUUUGCUUCGCUUUCUUUCUUUUAUAUUUUUCUUUUUAAUCUUUCCCCAUUCCUCUCCUCUUGCUAUUCUCCUUAUUUACUUUAUUAGACAGUACAUCUUGUAUUUGACGCGUCUACGCCAUGCUAUAACAAUCUUUUAGUGACCUUGCUGCGCUCGUUGCCUGACUUACCUUUCCGUGGCGUUUGGGUGAUUGAUGAACACGAAGCACGGUUGUCAUCAUGCGAAAUACCCCAAGAGUUGUCUAUUCGCUCCUUACGUUUUAUUGUCUACUCGUGUAGCUAGCUAGCAGUUUAUAGUGAGCUUCCAGGGAGCGAAAUUGAUUCAGAAACGGAGAUGAGAGGUGUUCUGACAUAUGUCAUGGACUCUCUCGAUUGCUUUCAGUCUUCUUUCUUCCCGCAAGGAUUAAGA